GUUCAACUUUCUUUCUUCUUGGGUUGUGUGUUGUUGUUGUUAAAUGUGUGACGUCAUCUCAAACCAACUGUGCUUCUUCGGAAUCUGUAAGAAAAAAAAUCGAUCCUUUCGACUAGGGACCGCCUAAAUCAUACGCAAACAAAGUCUCUUCCUUUACCCGUCUACACGUUCGAAUUUUUUCUCCGGGUCGGGUCAAUGUCAAGAACGACGAGAAUUGUAUAUAAUCGUCGAUUCACGUGGCCGGGUUUAUCAUUUACUGCUGGAUCUCGUUUUCAAUUUUGAGUCAGAUUCCCCCCAAUUGAGAGAUUCUAGGGUUUUAAGAUGAUUGAACAUGGGAACUCUACCUUUGAUUACCGGAGUAUUAGAGAAGUCGCUGCAAACGCCGGCGCCGGAGCCACCGCAGGGGCUAUCGCGGCGACUUUUGUUUGUCCAUUAGAUGUGAUCAAAACAAGGUUACAGGUUCUUGGUCUCCCUGAAGCUCCAGCCUCUGGUCAAAGAGGUGGUGUAAUCAUUACAAGUCUGAAGAAUAUAAUUAAGGAAGAAGGUUAUAGGGGAAUGUAUCGAGGGCUUUCACCAACCAUCAUAGCUCUCCUUCCAAAUUGGGCUGUCUACUUCUCAGUUUAUGGGAAGCUAAAGGAUGUGCUGCAGUCAAGUGAUGGCAAGCUUAGUAUUGGGUCAAACAUGAUAGCUGCAGCUGGUGCUGGAGCUGCCACAUCUAUUGCAACUAAUCCGCUUUGGGUUGUCAAGACAAGAUUAAUGACGCAAGGAAUUAGGCCUGGUGUGGUACCUUACAAAAGUGUAAUGUCUGCAUUUAGUAGGAUUUGUCAUGAAGAAGGAGUGCGAGGGUUGUACAGUGGCAUAUUGCCUUCUUUGGCGGGAGUAAGCCAUGUCGCGAUCCAGUUUCCAGCUUAUGAAAAAAUUAAGCAAUACAUGGCAAAGAUGGAUAAUACAUCCGUGGAGAAUCUGAGUCCUGGGAAUGUUGCUAUUGCCUCCUCCAUCGCGAAAGUGAUCGCCUCUAUUUUGACUUACCCACACGAGGUAAUUAGGGCGAAGCUUCAAGAACAAGGGCAGAUUAGAAAUGCUGAGACUAAGUAUUCAGGAGUCAUUGAUUGCAUCACAAAGGUGUUCAGAAGCGAAGGGAUUCCUGGGUUGUACCGUGGAUGUGCCACUAAUCUACUGAGGACAACUCCAUCAGCAGUUAUUACAUUUACAACCUAUGAGAUGAUGCUUAGGUUUUUCCGACAAGUUGUGCCACCAGAGACUAAUAGGUCGGAUGAUCGCAGAAGAGAAGAAGAAAGAAAGAAUUUAGUUAGCCGACGAGGAGAAGAAGAAGAUAAAGAUUUGGGUUUGAGAGAAUCACAAACUCAAUCUAAUAAGAUCAGCACUCCCCAUAUCCCUCUUGGAAGCAAAUAAAACUUUUUCAGACUCAAGCCAUGCUUCAUAGGUUUUCUUUUUUUCGAUGCCAUGUUCCAACUACGUAAUUUUUCCCCAUGCGGUGAUUGAGUUGUAACCUUUUCUCGUGGUUCUAACAAAUGUGUAAACUAUCAAUAAACUACUUUUUGGCCCUUUUGAUGAUCAGUGAGUAUUUGAAGAUCGUAUUCGUUGUGGUAUUCUAAGAGUUAUAGUUGAGAUCCCUCUCUGUUUCACACUCUAUGUGCAAAUUUGCAGGUUGUGGGGUUUAUAGAAAAGUAGAUGCUUUGGAUGGAAUUUUGUGGGCACUACAGAUUUCUUUCCUUCUUCUUUCUUGAAACUGCCGCUUCAAUUACCACCAGGUAAUGGGAUCUUCUUCCUCGGGUUAUAUAAGCUUUUAGCACUUUGAAGGAACAACUAUCACCGAGGAAAGACGUGUUUCUGGUUUGAGAGAUUUUUCUUGGAUGCCUUGGGAAUCUUGCCUUUUAUACCGAUAAUGUAUCCAAAUUAGUUUCUGGUAUCAGAUCUGGUGAUUAACAAGAUAGAUAGGCCUGGAAUCAGUAGAUAGAUACCACUGAGAUUAUAACGGAGCUGUGAAUGUGAGUCAAGUUACCUCUUACUGUCAAUUUUUUUUUUCUUU